CGCGUUGUGAGCGUUGCGGAAUGGCUAGAAGUGACGAAAACACAAUAAUCUCCCCUGAUGACGAGGCAGACGGUAACGAGAAUCUGCCUAUGAAAGUCUACAAACCGAGCACCUGGACAUCGCAACCAGGUGCCCGUUUGACCAAAUAUGGACAAAGAGGACAGCCUGCUGCUGCACUCCUGCGAAAGCAACGGUCCGGCACAGAACGGAGCUCUGCAGCACCAUACGUGGACCGUCCUCGGAGCAGCGGGAGUUACGACGUAGAUGCCCCUUUUACAGAACAUGAAGAGGGAUUACACACAGCUACAGCCGUCCCGCGAAAGGAAUCAAAUGCAGAACUAAGCUCUGAAGCGCAAAACGCCGAUGGCCCUCCGGACAGCGGGAAUUAUGGCAUAGAUGCAGGUCCGACUCCAUAUGGACUGGGAGGGCAGCGCGCUACUACAGUACCCGAAGUGCGACUAGGAAAUACAAAACGAAGCUCUCCAGCGCAACCCUCUGAUGAAUCUCACAGCAGCGGGAGUUAUGACGUUGUCGAUGACGAGACGCGAACGGUACAAGAUAAUGAAGUAUUUAGUGAUGUGAGCAGCAAAGGCAUCACAUCAAAUUAUAUAACGGCUCCAACGUCCUCAUAUUCUCCGGAAAGGAAGGCACAUUUGGAUAUUCCCGAGACUGAACAACGAGGAGAACGUGGCGAUCAAUCUCUGUGGCGAAGUUUGUUGGACGCUACCAGCAUACGAGCCACUCUUCCUGACGCGCCGAAAGAGCGACGAAGUAUGCCGGUUCAAGGCAGCCAAGGCUUGGCUUCAGUCCCCCGAAGCAAACACAUGGGCUCCAUUCAUGUGACACCUGGGUCGAAUCUGGAAGCUUUCUCCCGAAAGGAAAUGGCCAACAUUCCAGCCUUGUAUCCUGAUGGGCCAGGAGAAAAUGAUCCUGGCAUAUUCUUUUACGACAACACGCCGUCGCGUUUGUUGCACCGUACCGCCAGGAAAAUUUCAAACGUCGUGGCGCCUCCAACCAGCCCGAAUCCACUCGGAAAACAGGUAGCACCAGCCGGCGAAGAGGGCGAUGAAUCUCCGCCAUAUCGGAUAGCCCCGCUUCGUAGCCCUGUCAUUGAAAGCGCCGGCGAAGAUGAAGACGACGAAAGUGUUGAACAGAGCACUCAUAUUGGAAAGCACGGCUUGCUAUACUAUGCCUGGGUGCUAAGCACGGCGCUGUUCAUGCUGUUGGUCGUGCCUGCGGCGAUACUGAUACUAUCGCACAGGCGCUCUGAUUUCGUCGCUUCUCGUCUAAAGGUCAACGUGACAGCCCCAAUGGCUUGUGUUGAAGAUGCGAAUGACACAGUUAUGUGCAACGAGUACCCGAGAACGGUGCUGAGCUUUGAAGAUGAGGCCUGGCAGCCGUCGAAUGACAGCGCGCCCUUGCCGCCACGUGAUCCGAUAGACGCUCACCGGAAACCGGCCACCCUCGUCCGGCCGGUUAUCUGCGUGCUAAACCUCGGGACACAGGAGCUCUGGGAGCGAUACGUGGUGACCGAUAUCACGAUAACCUACUGCACCGUUCUUCUGUGGGAGAGCCUGUCUCUUGGCACGCCCAAAGACCAUAAGCUGGGCCGACGAGGCACACUCGCACUCGACAACGAGAGGUUCGACCUGCUGGUGGACCACACGAAGCAGUUCCGAACAGCGGGGAACGGCAGCCUGCCCAUAUAUGUGACCCUCGGCGGCCAGCGCUCCGACAGCCCGGCGUACGUGAGCAUGCUCCAUAGCGAACGCUGGCAAGUGUCGGUCGUGGUUUCGCUCCGUCGAUUCAACGGCAUCCUCCACGUAAGCAUCACCAUUUGUGAACCCCUUUGA